UGGAGGUUGUCAAAGUGAGAAACUGGGGUGUCGCUUUAACCUACCACUUGGAGGGUGACUUUGAUACUGCUGGAACAACCGCGUCACAUACAGAUUUGCAGCCGGUUGAUCUCAAGAUAUAUAUUUUCUCGCAAGGUAUCGAGAAUGUCGGUGGCCAGCAAAAGGGCCUUGUAAAUUCGGAUCUUCCUGCAGACGCGCGGAUUGCUGGUUUGAUCACCCCUUGGGCCAUUCCCCAGAUCCGGAGCCCAUCACAUGUCGCUUUGGUCGCAGCUGUCACCGACCAGACUGCAUAUUUGAUCAUCCGGCUGGUCGAACGAUAGAUUCCACGGCUACAGAGGAUCGCAUCUGCGUGUGGUUUCAGAAAGGAAAGUGCAGAAACGGGCAAGGCUGCCCCUUUCAGCAUGUCCAACAAGAGCGUGAUGCUAAUGUGAUAGUAGUGCGUAAUUUGUCAAAGACGGAGGAUGUUUCUCAGUUGGAGGACAGGAUUCUGAUGUACUUCAAGCAGUUUGGAUACGUUGCCCGGGUGCAGGUCAAGACUGACCUUGACGAUCGGUGCAGAGGCUUUGCUUUUGUCGUGUUUGCCGACGCACGCAGCGUUGAUGGUGCAUUGACAGCUAGUCAUGAGACCUGGGAUAUCAAGCGAAAAGCAGACUUGCCGAUGUACAUUGAGGGAGGGCCGAUCCGAAAGACGCCAAAGACGCGCGCAAGUCCCUUGGGUGGUCCAGCCCGCGUACCGUUCAGCGCCCAUGAUCGAGUCCUUCUUGUGGGUGAAGGGGACUUCAGCUUUUCGUUGGCCUGUGCUGCCUUGGGCUAUUUGAGCCCGGGGAAAACCUGCGCCACUUCCAAGGAGCCGCCGCGAGAUGAACAGAACCUGGUCGAGCUCGCUCGGCAAGGAAUGUGCUGCCUCACUUCGGUGGAUGCUACGGAGCUGACCUUGACAGAAAUCUUCGACAUUGCCGUGUUCAACUUUCCGCACACUGGCCAGCCCAGCGUCGAGGCCAACCAGGAUUUGCUGCAAGGAUUUUUUGGGAGCGUCUCCAAGAUUCUGUCACCAGGUGGUCGGGUUGCUGUCACUUUGAAGCAGACAUGGCCGUAUUCAGAGUGGGGUCUUGAGGCUUGUGCCAGACGGGCAGGAUUCAAAGUUGCGGAUGCGUACCCAUUUCCUGACUGCACAUGAACA